GUGUUUUUAAUUAAUGUGUCACUUUCUGAUAUGGCAAAACCUUUAGAUCACAUCAAAAGACCCAUGAAUGCGUUCAUGGUGUGGUCCAGAGGCCAGAGGAGGAAAAUGGCCCAGGAAAACCCAAAGAUGCACAACUCUGAAAUCAGCAAGAGACUCGGCGCGGAGUGGAAACUGCUCUCCGACUCCGAGAAACGUCCGUACAUCGACGAGGCCAAGAGGCUGCGGGCUCAGCACAUGAAGGAGCAUCCGGACUACAAGUACAGACCCCGGCGGAAACCCAAGACUCUCCUGAAGAGGGACCGUUUCCUUUUCCCGCUGCCGUCUUUACUCGGGGACGCGGCGGAGCAUUUGAAGGGAUUUUCCAUGGACUCCUUUCUUGUCCCCGGGGAUAAAACCAGAGCUCUCUUCGCUCCCGCCUCCUCCUCCUCCACCUCUUUCUCGCUCCUGGAGCCCGUGGCGCAGUUCAGCACCGGCGCUGUCCAGCGGAUGACGGACAUACCGCACACUCUAGCCGCCGGCGCUCUGCCCUUCAGCGCGCACACGUUUGGAUACCAGACUGGAGGGUUUGGGGGUCUGGCUUGCCACGGACAGCACACCCACACCCACCCGUCACCCUCUAGCCCGGGGUACGUGGUUCCGUGUAACUGUAGCGCCUGGUCUGCUGCCAGUUUACAGCCUCAGGUGGCCUAUAUCCUCUUCCCUGGAGGGAUGGCCAAGAGCGGCAUGGACUCGUAAACUUCAGCGAGCUCCAGUGUGUGACAGACACGGGAAAAGUUUGCGCACAGGACGUUCACAUGUAAUAUCACAAAAGAAUAAGAACUAAGCUACAAUACCGAAAAAAACGAAAAUCACAGGCGAGUGUCUCCGCAGAUAUUAA